AUGGGCAAGCCACAAGGAUCGGCAAUGCAAAUGAGGUUCGAGAGGUUAUGGGCCUGUAUCGCCACACAAAACAAGGCGCCAACCGCGAAGCGCUUGCAAUCCUUCCGUGCAAAGUCGUCGCGGAGCUCGCAGCCAAGCCUGGCCUCGGCCUCGGCCAGGACGACCCUACGGCGGCUGUCCGGGCUGGCCCAGAAACCCAAUCGAACCGGACGGACGAAUUGUAAGCGUACUGAACCGGGUGAGGGGGAGGGGACAUUGAUUAGCGACAAAUAUGUUGGCCCCGACAUCCCUCCCUCUACGGACACGCCGUCGCGUCAUCGGGUGGCCGCCAUUAUAGCCUGGUCCGGCCACAUCUCGAGCGCCAUCUCGCUGCCCCCCAGGCUCGCCGGGUAG